AUGCUGAUGAGGAAGUUGGAUGAGAAGAACGCAGUCACGUGCGAGUGUGGCCGGUUUCUAAACCUAACACAAUUCCUUUCUGGUGCAUUUCGAAGCGUGACACAGACCAUCAUAUGUACACGUAUGUCAAUGCUUCUUUUGUACUUUGAUCAUACAAACCACUGCAUCGACCGUCAUCGCCUUGACCGAAAAAAGACUGUGAUUCUCGACACAGCAUCUUCAUUCACCACAUCGGGGAGUAGCGGCAGUCGAUUUCCCAAAUCUUCGUCGACCCGAAAGACACCUUGCUGCAUCGCUGUCAACCUUCGGCCCAGCAUCAUCAACUUCUUGACAUAG